UGAUUAAGGAAAAAUCAUGUUCAUUCAUAAUUUUCAUUUUAAAAUUGUAUUCAUUCCUUCUGCAAAUCCAUACUGUCAUGCCUAUUCCCCAAUAUCGUCAACGCGGAUAGUUCGUUAGUCGAAAUACUGAAUAAUUAAACAAACCAAAUGGCAUCACUGGUGGUUCUUUUUUCCACUCCGCUAAACUGUCAUCUCAAACAAAAACAAAUGGAUCAUACAACUGCUAUGAAUACAUUCGACUCGUUUGCUUCCAUCAAUCGGUAAGGUAGAAAGAUGAUUUCUCCCAUCACCACAGUGCGGAUUUCCACUUCUAUCACAGCAGCCAACAACAUCCGUUUUCCUGCAGCAGUAACCUACAACCCCUGUUGGCAAUGCCGGGGGACAGCAUUAUCAGCAGCAGCAGCAGAAUUUGACCAUGGUAUGGUAUUGCGAAGAACUUUCCCCAUUAGAGGUUCCGUGCUUCGCGCACAUUCAAAAAUCCUCUUCAGACACGAAGACUCAACAAGGAGGUAUUUAUCAACUUGCUCAGCUGAAUUACCACCCCGGAAGAACCCGAAUGCACUGAUUCCGUUGUAUAGUAGAAUGAAAAUAGGUGAGGUAAGCGAACGUAAUCGCAUGAUAUUUUAAUGUUCGCAUUUUUAUCCGGAUCAUACAACUGCUAUGAAUACAUCCGACUCAAUCAAUCGGCGAGUGAGAAAGAUGAUUUCCCUCUUCUGUCACACCAGCCAACAGCAUCAGCUUUCCCGCAGCAGUAUCCUUUAAGUCCAGGCUGCUAUUCCGGGGAACAGCAUCAACAGCAACAGCAGCAGGACCUGGCCAUCGAUAGUAUUUCGAGCAAUUUUCCCCCUCGGAGAUCCCGUGCUUCACGCACAUUGAAGAAUCCUCCUCAGCCACAUAUCUGUGUCAUCAAGGGCAAGGAGGUAUUCAUCAAUGUACUCAGUCGUAUUUGAAUCGUCAAUCCAGACAACCCAGAUGCACCGAUUCCAUUAUAUACCUUAUUUUUAUUAUACAUGGUUUUUAUUAUUAUUUUUUUCAAUAAAAUGAUUAAAAUCGA